AUGCAGUUCUCCGCCGCCGCCAUCACCGCCAUUGCCAUGGCCCUCACCGUCACCGCCGCUCCUGGCACCACUGCUCCGGUCAAGAGAACCCUCGACACGCUCACCUACGCUGAAGCCCAGAACGUCUGCGGCCAGAACCUCAGCGUCAGCUGCUGCAACCAGGUCAGCGCUGACACCAAUGUCAACGACAACUCGGGAUCCGGAAUCCUCUCCGGCAUCCUGGGUGGCGUCCUCGGCAAUGGCGGCUUGAAGCUUCUUGAUGGAUGCUCCUCCAUUGGAGCUGGAAUUGCCAACGACCUCUUGAACAGCAAGUGCAAGCAGAAUGUUGCCUGCUGCAAGUCUGAUGGCAACACCAUUGAUGGUUGGUCAACUAUUUGGAACUACGGGACUAUUCGGCUGAAGGGCACGAUGAAGGAUUAG